AUGAAGAAGGAUGUUGAGAACAAAGCCAAAGAUGAUGACGAUUACAAUCCGCAUUUACAUCGCGAAAUUCCACACGGAACCAAUUAUUUCGAAACCGUGGUUAACAUGAUCAAAGGAGCUUUAGGAACCGGAAUUCUGGCAAUGCCUAACGCCUUCUUCAACUCUGGUUUAAUGGUCGGAUUAAUUGGUACACUUGUGAUAGGUUUCAUAUGCACUUACUGUCUUCACAUACUGUUGAAAAACCAAUACAGAUUAUGUAAAAGGUUGAAAGUUCCAUUCCUCACGUACGGUGAAUCAAUGAAAUUCGCGAUGAAAGAUUGCCCGUCCGGAUGUGUUCGGGCAAUGGCAGGUUUUUUCGAAGGUAUGGUGGACUUCUUCAUAAUCGUUUAUCAAUUGGGCAUUUGCUGCGUUUACGCAAUUUUCAUCCCUGGCAACGUUAAAUUGGUUGUUGAAAAAUUCACUGGAUUCGAGAUGUCCUUGAUCUUUUACAUACUGAUAUUCCACAUCCCUUUGAUCCUGAUUUGCUGCAUCAGGACUUUAAAGGUCUUGGCCAUCUUCUCGAUGAUUUCUAACAUCACUAUGCUCGUAGCGUUCACAAUCAUCGGGUAUUUCGUCUUCCAAAAUUUGCCGAACAUUAAGGAACUGCCGGCAUUUAACAGUUUCUACACUUUACCGUUGUUCUUCGGUACGACGCUCUUCGCGCUUGAAGCGGUUGGAGUGAUAAUGUCGCUGGAAAAAAACAUGUUGAAGCCUUGGCAAUUCGUAGGAUGGUUUGGGGUUUUGAAUGUAUCCAUGGUCAUCGUGACGUUGCUUUAUGCAGCUGUUGGAUUCUUUGGAUAUUGGAAAUACGAAGAGGAAACGAAGCCAAGUAUUACAUACAAUAUGCCACAAACACAUUAUUUAUCGGCUGUCGUCCAGAUUCUAUACGCCUUAGCAAUUUACCUCACUUUCGGCUUACAAGCUUACCCACCUAUGAGAUACUUAAUCGGAUACGCGGCCAUCACUAAGAAGUAUCAGGAGAGCACGAAUCAAUGGAUUAUCGAUCAUUUAAUCAUCGUGAUCUCAAUAUCUUUUGCCAUUCUUGCAGCAGCGGCCAUCCCGCUUUUAGCAUUAUUCAUCUCUCUAUUAGGAGCGUUCUGCUUAUCAGCUUUAGGCUUCUCUUUUCCUGCUUUACUGGAAAUAUUCGUGAGGUGGCCUGACUCGGAUUUUGGUAAAGGCGGAAUCGUUAUGCUUCAGGAUCUGUUCUUCAUCUGCUUCGGAUGCUUCGGGUUGGUGGUGGGAACGUAUUGUUCAUUAUCGGAGAUAGUGAUAGCAUUGAACAAUCAAACAACAAGCAGUUCUUAGGUUUCGUGCGCGUCGUAUAUU